AUGGGGCGGAAAACGAAAGGCGGCCAGGAUGCAGAUCAGGGCGACGAUGGCAAUGCGAUGCAGGACAUUCGCAGCACGUUUCAAAGGCUCCAGGCAAUGAUGGCCAUGACCAACCCCACGACGUUCGGGACAGCAAGCAAGCCGCCUCUCAAUCCAAUGAACAUGGCCAUGAUGGGUGGAAAUCCAAUGAUGGCGCAGAUGGCGAUGCAGGCGCAGGCCAACGGCGCCAAGGCGGCGUCUGCUGCUGUGGCGCCAGGCGGUGCUACGGAGGCCAAGAAGCUGGAGAUCAAGCCGGGAUUGAAGCCCGGUGACUGGACGUGCCCUCAAUGUGGGGCAAACGUCUACGCGUCCAGGUUCCAUUGCUGGAGAUGUGGGUUUUCCAAGCGAGGGGAGGCGGAACAAGAGUACAUCUCCGAGCAUGGCAGGAUCCACCCGGACAUCCAAGAGCUGUGUGAUGCAUUCUACGUUGAGACGCGGCACAUCGAGAAGUUGAAUGAGCUGAUGAAGGAUCGCCCUGACACGUGGGAUGAAGAUUUGCGAAAGCUUCGAGAAGUGAUGGAGAAGGCACGUUCGCCAUGCGGAAUGCUAGUGACGAAAAUGAAAGAGAUAGAAGACGGGACGUUUGUGGCAGUGAAUCGCGACAAGAGAAUGAAACACCUCGUUGAUAAGUUCAAACUGGACAAGAUAGCGGAGACUAGCAUUUCCGACAUCCUUGCACGAUGUUCCGAAGAAAAAAAAGGCGAGUAUUACUACGACCUGGAGCGGCAUUUCGAGUGUUCAGGGAAACCAUCAGCCACCGCCAUGAUGAUCAUGAAGAAGAUGGCAAAUGGAGAGCCUCUUGGCCCACCGGGAAAGCCUGGUAAGGGCAGUUACCUGGAAAGAUUACAGAAUGAGGGCAAUCAGCGUGGUGGCAAAGGAGGGGAAGACGACAGAGACCGAGGCCGCGACCGCUCGAGAGACCGCGGCAAGGGCGAUCGCCGUGGCCGCGACGGCCGUGAUGGUCGCCAAGAGCGUGGUGAGCGGGAUCUGCGAGACGGCCGCGACGGGCGCCCUGGCCGGGACGACCGAAGGGACGACCGAAGGGACGACCGAAGGGAGGAACGAAGGGAUGACCGAAGGGACGAACGAAGGGACGACCGAAGGGAUGACCGCCGGGAUGACCGACGAGAGGACCGACGAGAGGACCGCCGGGAGGACCGGGACCGUCGCGGAGUCGAAGAGCGGCGACGAGACAGUCGCGAGCGAUCGAACCGAAGAGAGCGUCCUAAGGGAGCUGGACGGGGAAAGGGAGCAGAUGAUGAGCGCGGCCCCGCUUCCCGUGAUUUGAAGCCCUUUGUUCCCCAGCCGAAGGGAAUGGAAGCACCAGAAAGGGGCGAAGGCUGCCCGGAGGCGGUUGGACUCCACGGGAAGGCCGCCGCUGAAGCCCUCCAAUCCGGGGCUGAGCGUGUGCGCCGCGAGCUGCAGGCCAACCUCCAAGCCAUGAUCCGGAAGGCCAUCGCCGAGGGCCGACCUAUGGAGGCGCAGCAGAGAGGUGUCAGGAAGCUCUUGGCUGGGAUUCCCCGGCUGUCCUGCCAUGCGAGCGCCUUCGACAUUUCGCGGAGUGCUUCAACGAGCCCUCCGAGUGCCAGCGCCUCGAGCACCUCGAACACCUACAUUAAUCUGGGAAAGUUCGAGACGCUGGGCGCAGACGUUGGCCGUGCGGCCACGGGCCUGGCCUACCUGGAGGAGACUUUGCGUGUUCAAGAGGCUGAGUACGCGGCCGAGGAGGAGGAGCUGCGAAAGACCACGAAGGCCAUGCCCCUGGCCAUGAGCCUCCACGAGGUCGGCAGGCAACAUCACCAGCUGGGCGACCCCGCACAGGCGAUUCUGUUCUACCAGCGUGCCAAAGGCCUUGUGGAGGAUGCGAUCAGUGUUCGCAUGGGCUCGAGCUCUGGAAAGCGCACAAAGGCGCUGACCUAUGCGCUCUUCACAAAGUCAGAGGUUUGCAGCAGCCUUGGCGCGGCCUACCAUGACGCAGGGCAGGCCGGGGAGGCGCUCCAAGAGCACCAGCAGGCCCUGGAGCUCCGCAAGGAGAUCGUGGGGAAGGAGCAUCCUGGCGUGGCAGAAUGUGUGAACAACUUGGGCAACAUCUACUUCGCUCGAGGCUCCUACCAAAAAGCGGCCGAACAUUUCGAGCAGGCUCUGGCCAUCCUAGCUGCCUCCUGUCCUGACACACCCUUUGUGGCCCUGACCCUCUACAACCUGGGCCUCUGCCGGGCUCACCUGGGACAGCCGCAGCCUGCCGAGGCCGCCCUGAAGCGGGCCCUACGUCUCGCGGAGCGGCUGCUAGGCUCCGAGCACCGGCAGGUGGAGAUGAUCCGCCAGACGCUGGAGAAAGGUCCAGUGACGAAGUGA